AUUGAAUAGAACUGUUAACCUCAUUUGCAUUUGGCGUUGGAUGGUGUCGUGAAUGUUAUGAAUUAGGCGGAUUCCAUCAGGAUGCCAGGGAGACAAACCAAAACACCGAAGCGGACAACCAGGCAGACCCCUGCUAUUCCAGGAAGUCCAACAGAUAAUGGAAUUUUGAAGCCUUUGAGUCCAAAAACUCCGGGAUGGCUGUCAGGACGCCAUGCAGUUUUUAAGACACCGGGGUCACCUUCCCCAAAGCAACUUAGGACUCGCAGGUCAUCCAUGUACCAGUCAAAGAUGAUAGAAAAACGAUUUGAAUCACAGAGUAAGGUAACAAAAGUGGUUUCUGCUGAUAAACAACGUAUACGUUCUCCUCCGGUUGCUAAACGCACAAGAAGAUCAUCUGUUUACCAAAAGACAGCUUUGCGAUUAGUUGAUAUUCCUCUAUCCCCUGAGUCACACAGCUCCAAACUGGUGUCCCCUAAAGGUGUCACCACCAGGACUAGGAGGUCCUCUGUAUACCACAAAGGGGGUGCCAAGCUUGUCCAGAUCACAGAAGAAACAGCUGCUACACAGAAAGGGAGAACAUUACCUGUGUCUGUCAGACCAGUCGCCAACCUGAAGCCCCGGGAUAAAUAUAUUCCAGAGGUUACAGUUAAACAGGAACUAAAGCCACCUCGUCCUGCUCCUAAGUCAGCCAAGUCCUCGCCACAGAAGAGGAAGAUUCAGGAUCCAGUCAAAUCCCCAAAGGCAAAGAGGUUCAAGGUCAGUAGUCCCACAAUCCCAGCGGUGAUGGUCAAACAGACGACAGAGAAGGCCAGCAGUCCUCAGAGUAAGAGGAAGGCCGCCGCGAAAACUCCAGCAAAGUCCAAAACAAAGAAAACUCCAGUAAGAUCUUUGACAGCAAAAACACCUUCAAAAUCUACAAGGUCAUAUCGUAAUUCUCCUUUGGUGCGAGAGGUAUCGCCUGUGGACAAAUCUACACCUGUCAGUAAGACUCAAGGCAAAAAGAUAAAAAAUCCAGCAACAAAAUCCCCAGUAAAGACACAAGCUCCUGUCACUCAGAAAAAAGCCAAAUCACCAGCUGUAAAAUCUCCAGUUGUUCAGAAUAAGGCAAAGUCACCCGCUGCAAAAUCUCCAGUUGUUCAGAGUAAGGCAAAGUCACCUGCUGCAAAAACUCCUGUUGUUAAUAGUAAAGCAAAGAUGCCCGCUGCAAAAUCUCCUGUCGUUCAGAGCAAAGCCAAGACACCAGCCGCACAAACUCCUGUUGUUAAUAGUAAAGCAAAGAUGCCCGCUGCAAAAUCUCCUGUUGUUCAGAGUAAAGCCAAGACACCAGCCGCACAAACUCCUGUUGCUCAGAGCAAAGCCAAGACACCAGCCACAAAAACUCCUGUUGUUCAGAGUAAAGCCAAGACACCAGCUACAAAAACUCCUGUUGUUCAGAGUAAAGCAAAGACACCAGCCACAAACACUCCUGUUGGUCACAGUAAAUUCAAGACACCAGCAGCAAAAACUCCUGUUGUUCAGAGUAAAGCAAAGACGCCAGCUACAAAAUCUCCCGUAGCUCACAGUAAGUCAAAGACACGAACCACAAAAACUCCUGUUGUUCAGAGUAAAGCAAAAACGCCAGCUACAAAAUCAGUGUUAAAAAGUCCUGCAAGAAAAAUUAAAAAGUCAUCACCAGUGAAGGACACACCAGUCCUUAAACUACACAAACAGGUAGUAAUGCUAGAACAGAAUAAACACCAUGCUACUGCAGAGAAAAGAAAACUGUCCGCAGAAGGUGAUGACAUCAGGAGUCCUCAAGCUUCAAAAAAACUCAAGUCUGCUGUAGAAAGUCUACAUGGUCAGACAACUGUAAAACGCAAAUCUGUUAUUUUUCAAUCUCCACCUGGUAGCGGAAAAAGGCUGAAGACACCAAAAAGGCUCCCAAAAACACCAAUAGUUAAGCGCAAAACGACACCAGCACGCCAUGCGGAGGUGUUGUCACAAAAAGAAGACAUUGACCCUGUCAAUAAGGGUCACAAGGAAGAUCCAUUCAACAUCACCCUGACUGAUGAGGCAAACACAUCCAUCACCAGCCAGACAAGCAAUGGGCUGAACUUAACAUACUCACACUCAUCACGAUGUAUCAUACUCUAGUCCUCUGGAGGUGUCCUACGACACACUCAGCCUUCACUUGUAUAGGGUAUCCUCAGUUUCGCAAUUUCUCAAAUAGUGUCCUAGCCUCUUUGAGACCUCACAGGGUGUCCUAGCCUCUGUUAGUACACACAGGGUGUCCUAGCCUCUGUGAGCCAUCACAGGGUGUCCUAGCCUCUGUGAGACCUCAUUGGGUGUCCUAGCCUGUUAGUACACACAGAGUGUCCUAGCCUCUGUUAGUACACACAGGGUGUCCUAGCCUCUGUUAGAAUACACAAGGUGUCCUAGCCUCUGUUAGUACACACAGGGUGUCCUAGCCUCUGUUAGAAUACACAAGGUGUCCUAGCCUCUGUUAGUACACACAAGGUGUCCUAGCCUCUGUUAGUACACACAGGCUGUCCUAGCCUCUGUUAGUACACACAAGGUGUCCUAGCCUAUGUUAGUACACACAGAGUGUCCUAGCCUCUGUGAGUACACACAGGGUGUCCUAGCCUCUGGGAGUCCACACAGGCUGUCCUAGCCUCUGUUAGUACACACAGGCUGUCCUAGCCUCUGUGAGUACAUACAGGCUGUCCUAGCCUCUGUUAGUACACACAGGCUGUCCUAGCCUCUGUUAGUACACACAGGCUGUCCUAGCCUCUGGGAGUUCACACAAGGUGUCCUAGCCUCUGUUAGUACACACAGGGUGUCCUAGCCUCUGUUAGUACACACAGGCUGUCCUAGCCUCUGGGAGUUCACACAAGGUGUCCUAGCCUCUGUUAGUACACACAGGCUGUCCUAGCCUCUGUGAGUACACACAGGCUGUCCUAGCCUCUGGGAGUACACACAAGGUGUCCUAGCCUCUGUUAGUACACACAGGGUGUCCUAGCCUCUGUGAGCCAUCACAGGGUGUCCUAGCCUCUGUUAGUACACACAGGCUGUCCUAGCCUCUGUUAGUACACACAGGCUGUCAUAGCCUCUGGGAGUAUUCAAAGAAUAUCCUAUGCUUUGUGAUUCUUUAGUGUGACCUAGCCUCUUUGAGACCUCACAGGGUGUCCUAGCCUCUGUGAGACCUUACAGGCUCUUCUAGCCUCUGUUAGUACACACAGGCUGUCCUAGCCUCUGUGAGCCAUCACAGGGUGUCCUAGCCUCUGGGAGUCCACACAGGCUGUCCUAGCCCCUGUUAGUACACACAGGCUGUCCUAGUCUCUGUGAGCCAUCACAGGCUGUCCUAGCCUCUGGGAGUCCACACAGGCUGUCCUAGCCCCUGUUAGUACACACAGGCUGUUCUAGCCUCUGUGAGCCAUCACAGGGUGUCCUAGCCUCUGUUAGUACACACAGGCUGUCCUAGCCUCUGGGAGUACACACAAGGUGUCCUAGCCUCUGUUAGUACACACAGGGUGUCCUAGCCUCUGUGAGCCAUCACAGGGUGUCCUAGCCUCUGUUAGUACACACAGGCUGUCCUAGCCUCUGGGAGUACACACAAGGUGUCCUAAUCUCUGUUAGAAUACACAAGGUGUCCUAGUCUCUGUGAGUGCACACAGGGUGUCCUAGCCUAGCUCUGUUAGUACACACAGGCUGUCCUAGCCUCUGGGAGUCAACACAGGCUGUCCUAGCCUCUGUUAGUUCACACAGGCUGUCCUAGCCUCUGUGAGCCCUUACAGAGUGUCCUAGCCUCUGUGAGUACACACAAGGUGUCCUAGCCUCUGUUAGAAUACACAAGGUGUCCUAGUCUCUGUGAGUGCACACAGGGUGUCCUAGCCCCUGUUAGUACACGCAGGGUGUCCUAG